CCUGGCCAUGUCACAGCCAGCCGCACGCGGCCCCUUCGUGUCCGCAGCAAGCAACGCUCUUUCCCUCGUCGUCCUGCUUGGCUUGUCGAUCGCGACGUAUGGCUACGAACGCAGCCUGCAGCCGUUGUACGGCUCCGCGCCGACCCACCUCCACCUGAACAAGGUCGUGUGGCUUGCGUGCAUUGCGGGCAUGUUCACACCGACGCUCUCGCUCUCGAACGCGCUGCUCGCUGUCGGCGCGCUGCUCUGCGCGAUGCCGCAGACCGCGUACUGGGCGGCCGCGCACACCGGCAGGUGGCACGACCCUGUGUGGGGUCCCGUGGCGACACAUGCGUGCGUGAUUGGGCCGGUGUUGUAUUGGGGAAUUGCGAUAGUCAAGGAACUGCAGAAAAGCACGGAGCUGCAGGGCUCGCCUUUCCAGGCGAUGAGCUUGCCUGUAUGCAGAAUGGCCAUCAUGACUUUGCAAGACCUCUGGCCGACGUUCGAGUUCCUCUGCAACACAUCCGAGAGAGAUCUGCUUGUAUAUAUUGGCUGUGCCGCGCUCGUAUCCUGGGCAGCUCUGCCGUUUGUCCCGUCUUUCGACACUAUCACAGUCCCUGGCAGGCCUGCGGUCAAGGCCAGGUCGAAUUUCACAAGUAGCAACCUCAUGCGGCUCGCUGUUUUGCCUCUCGUGCCAUUCAUCUUCAACAAUCUCCAGCCUCCCACUCUGCCGAAACCCCUGCCAGAGCCCUUCAUUCACCCCGAAACAUCACUUCGGAUCCUGUCCUCCGUCGGCUCUCCCUAUUCCGGAGUCGUAGUAGUUGGGGAGGUUCCGCCGCCGACGCCCGCCAUGAUCAAGGCCGGCAAUGUCACUGAGCCGCAUUCGAUAAGGUACAUGCGUGCUGGACACUCGCUGCUAGGCGGUGUGUGGCUAGGUGAGCGCGUCUUCAGCUUAGAUCGCCGCACCCCCCUUGGACAUGACAAGCAUUCGACCCCGAUCGGCGACUCGAUCUAUUCGGCCUUUGUCGCUCAAGAGGCUGCUCUGUUGGUUGAGCGACCCGGUGCUGGUGAGAAGCAGAGUGCAUUAAUGAUUGGACUUGGUACUGGGAUCGCGGCGUCGUCCUUUAUCAAGCGUGGCGUCUCCACGACGAUCGUCGAGGUCGACCAAGCAGUGUAUGAUGCGGCCACCGAGUACUUCGGAUUGGAGGUUGCAGAGCCGGAUAAGGUGUAUAUCAGCGACGGCAGAGGCUUCGUCAUCCAAAGGACCGAGAACACGACGUCGGCGGAUGAUGGCUCGAAGGCGGAGUACGACCCAUUCGACUUUGUCAUACAUGAUCUGUUUUCCGGAGGCGGUGUGCCUAGUCAUUUGUUCACACUCAGGUUCUGGCAGGACCUCACGAAGAUCAUCAAGCCUGAUGCGGUUGUAACUGUUAACUUCGCCGGAAGCUUGCAGUCCGACUCGGCGAAGGCCGUCUACUUGACAUUGAAGGAAAAUUUCCCACAAUGCCGGGUUUUCCAUGAUUCGGUCGAACCCAUGUCUCAAGAGAAGUUGAAAACAGAAUUCGUAAACUGGAUAUUCUUCUGCAGCCCUUCACCAGAACCUUUGAUCUUCCGCCCUGCAGUCGAGGCCGACUUCCUCCGCUCCUUUUUGCGCUCCCGCAUACUUUCCACGAUUUCCGAGCGCGAAGUCAGCGGAGAUUUGAUUGUGGGGGGACUGGACCUCGCCGACAAGGACGUCAAAGAGAAGUAUAUUCUGACAGACGAGAAGAGCUCCCUGACUGACUGGCAGGACGUCGAGGCGCUGCGCCAUUGGAGAUUGAUGCGGGAUGUGUUGUCAGAUGUCUAUUGGGAAACAUAUUGAGUUAUGUUCUUUCAUUCAUCUAUGCUAUACAAUGUAUUCCUAGUUACUAUUUCGGAGUUUAUCGGAUGUCUGGCGGACGUGUCA